CUGACGCAAGUCCUCCUGUAUCUCGUCAUCAUCAUGAAGACAGAAGCACGUAGAUCAGAGCAGUUCAGUGCGCAUGCUUUCCCUCAGAUACUAUUUUAACUAAUUCACACUUAGCCAAGAUGGCGGAUUCCGACUCUUGGGACGCUGACAACUUCGAGACAAAUGAGCCGAUCAGAAGUGCCGUCGUGCGGCUGGAUAGGUGGGAAGGCGAGGACGAGGAGGAAGACGUGAAGGAUAACUGGGAUGAUGAGGAGGAGGAGAAGGAGGAAAAUCAGAAAAAAGCAGAGGUGAAAGACCCUGAGAAGAAAAAAAUAAGCUCUAAAAUAAAAGUGAAAGAAGUUACGCAACAGAAAAAUCAAGAAGAGUUGAAAAAUAAGUUACAGGAAACACAGAUAAGUGAGAAACUGUCACCAGAGGAGCAGCAAGCAGAGAAGCUUCGACAGAAGAAGCUGCAGGAGGAGGCAGACCUGGAAUUGGCCCGUGAGGCUUUCAGUGUUGAUCCUGCUGCUGCAAAUGCCUCUACUACUGUUAUUACCACAAACAAUGUCUCUGGAAUUGAAGCCAUGUGCCCCUCAUCCAAAGAAGAUUUUGUUGCAUUUGAAAAAUUACUGAAAGAGAAGAUAACACAGUUUGAAAACUCAGUGCAUUAUUCCAGCUUUUUGGAGUCACUGUUUCGAGAGCUUUGCAUUUCAUUGGAAGUAGAUGACCUGAAGAAAAUAAGUAAUUCUUUGUCUGUUCUACUCACUGAAAAACAAAGGCAAGAAAAGGAAAAGAAGGCAAAUAAGAAAAAGAAGAAAGGUGUGCUCCCUGGUGGUGGUUUUAAAGCAAACAUGAAAGAUGACUUUGAUUUUGGUGACUUUGAUGGCGGGUUCGGAAAUGACUAUGAUGACUUCAUGUGACAAAGGCUGAUCAUCCCCCUUCCAAUUCCCUCCAAAUCACCCCUGUAGACAUGCAGCCAUACCUUUCAUGCUACACAGUGCCAUCUUUGGGUAAACUGAGCAACCUGUCAACCCUUUACUUGAUUUCAGUGGUGACCUACUCUUCAUGAAGCUGCUAUCAUGCCAUUGGCCCCAGGUGACAAAAGGGCAAGGCAAAUUUAUUCAGAUGGCCUUGAAAUAUUUUUUUAUUACCAAAACAGACUGUAUUGUGUGGGACAUCUUUUGUGGAGUUGUCUACUCUGAUUGAAACAAGAAUUUCAAUGCCUUACUGAGAACUUUGUAGAACAUAUCUUUUUUGCUUUUAUUAAAAGUGACUUCUGUUUUAAAAGCUGUGCAAUUUCAGUUACGCAAUUAAAUGUGAUGCUCUAUGCAAACUAAUAUCUUCACAAGAAUGUCCUUUUUGAAAGUAUGGUUGUACUUUUCUUACAGAUUUCUCAACAAGUACAAACAGUAUCACAGCCUUUCCAAAUGUAAACCCGAUACAUUUAAUUAAGUUUUUAAAGAAUGAAGGUUUGUCGGUGCUUUUAGAGUCAACACUACAUCAUUAACAGGUGGCACACUGAAUAAAUGAAGGGAUGAAAAACUUUUGAAAUGAAAGUAAAACAAAACUGAAAUCAAGCAUCAUCUUUAAUUUGUAGAACUUGACAGUGUCAUCAUUUAAAAGCAACAAAUAUCAAUUGAAUUAUGCUUUAUUGGAGGUUUUUUUUGUUUUGCUUUUCCUACAGAGGGUUUUUUUUUAUUCAGUAUUGCUGCACACUUGAUCAGUUGAUUUAAGAUUCUCGGAAUUGCCUAUCAUGUAAAAUAUGGUAACACUUAAGAGUCUAUACAUUUACAUUUGUAAAUGCACUGGGUAUCAUGAACAAUGAACACAUUUUGACUGCAUUUAGUAAUCUUGGUUAAUGUUAAUAUAUAAAUACACUAUUGGUCAUAGUUUGUUCGUGAUAGUGUACAGUAUUGCAUUAGUCAAUGUUAAAGGGUUAGUUCACCCAAAAAUCAUUUACUCACCCUCAUGCCAUCCCAGAUGUGCAUUAAUGACUUCUGCUUAUCACAAACAGAGUUUUUAGAAGAAUAUCAGCCUAAAAUUAAUCCAUACAUCUCCAGUGGUUUAAUCAAUGAUUUCUGAAGCGCUCCAGUUGAUUUUGGGUAAAUAAUUUUCCACUGUGCAUCUUGACAGCAGUCGAUUACACAUACUAGUGUUUGACGCAUGCACAGAAUGGUAGCUAAAGGAAGCACAAGCUUGAAAUCACGAUCACCAAGGAGACCGCUGUACAGUGAAAAAGGAGUUACAUUUUGGUCUGUUCUCACCCAAAACCAACUGGAUUGCUUUUGAAGACAUUGAUUAAACCACUGUUGUCUGAUGGAUUAUGCUGACUAUGCCUGCAUCCGAAAACUGGAAAAUGCUCCCUUUGGAGGCUGUAUACGGGGGAAAAAAUGGUGAUUUUCAAACUUUUGCAAGACCAGUUUCCUAAAAGUUCCAUCAAUUCAUAAACGCUGUCGGUUAAGCCAUUAACUGAUUAGGCAGCAAGUCAGCUGCCUACGUUUUCGGAUGCAGCCGGCAUCUGCUUUUUGGGCUUCAAAAGUCUGAUCACCAUUCACUUGCAUUGAAUGGACUUACAGAGCUGAGAUAUUCUUCAAAAAAAUUUCUUUUUGUGUUCUGCAGAAGAAAGUAGAUAUCUUGGAUUAGAGUAAAUCAUGAGAGAAUAAAUUUUUUUGGAUGACUGCAUUUUAUGUUAAGAAUUGAUUAGUAAGCAUAUGUAGUAUAUAAUUAAUAAAUGCUUUAAAAGCUUUGUUUAUUGUUAAUUCAUUGUAACUCGCUUUAAUCAUUGUGAAGUGUUACCAAAAGUAUGUUCGCUCUUGAUGGUAGAUUUGAAUGAUUACUUGCUAAAGUAACAGAUAGACGGGGCUUGUUUAGUUUGACCUUUUAUAUCUUUACAAUAACUUCUACAGGCAUGCAUGUAGUAAAAUUAAAUUUAAGCUUAUUUGCUAAGCAGCAAAAAUAUUCAUAAAAAUAUUUUUUCUAAACUUUGGAGAGAAUUUUCUCACAAAAUCAUUAAAAUUGAAAAUUCAUAAUACUAAUAUACUUAUUGUAAUUAUUAUAAUAAUAAGACUCAAAGGCAGUGUUGUUUUUUAAGAUUCAAAUUUUUAGAGUUUGGACAACUUCAGAGUUUUUCAAAUUUGUGAAUGAUAAAUGGCACCAAAUGGUUUGGUUGGGUGGAAGAGGGUUGUUUAACUGCUUUGUCUUUAGUACUCUGAAGAAUGCAAUAAAUAUUCUAUAUAUACAAUUUCAAGUAAUAAAAUAUUUGCCACAGUACAAGUGAAUAAAAAUGCAUAAAAUAUAACUUCCAUGAAGCGCAGGUUCCUCUGGAGUUGCUAUUUCUAAAAUAGAGUACUUUUUGUAAGGUUUUUGUUAGCUUUUAAUGGGGUAAAAUUGUGAAGUUAAUUGAAAAAGUAUUGUUUUCUCCUUCCCUCUGUAUAAUUUGCUAUGAAAUUCAUGAAAUGCGUAAUAUUGUUUGCCAGUUUACAUUUUUAUCAGCCACCCUAAAUGACUGAUUCACUGGACUUUACCCCAGCCAUAUACAAGUACAUAUGUACUUUCCUCACAUCCUUCUGGCUCUGAAAUGACUUAAAUUCAGUAACUUGGAACUGAACUUGAUAAAAACUCCUAUAAGAGCAGCCCCCAUUGGAAAUGGGUCUGUUUUGUCUCAUAUAGGGUUAAGUUCUGCU